UAAAGGAGCACAAGGAACCUGGCUCUCAACAUAUCCAUAUUGCUAUCCCAGUGCAAGCCAACGUCGUUACGAGGACAUAAUCAAAGUCUCGGUCUUGCUGCUGCUGCUGCUGCUGCUAAAGCCACAUCGAACAUUUCGUCAAUGGAAUUUAAGGAGUUGGGAGGAGAUGACAGCUCCGAGGGAGACACAGAAGACUUGGACAGUGUCAAAGCGCUUACAGAAAAGCUGAAAUUGCAAACUCGCAGACCAUCUUACUUUGAAUGGCAGGAGAGCUUACAAAGUGGCCCGUGGAAGGAUUGCUCAAACUGUGCAAAAGAAAGUGCCGAAGAAAGUCAGGAUGUAGCCGCACUGGACAGCGUUAAUAUCCCUGUCAUUUUGAGCCGUGGGAAUUCCGACUUGGUGGUCCGGAAUAUUUGUGGUUUUGAAACUAUCGAUGAUGCCUUGGAAUUUAUUAGGAAGGAGCUGAGGGAAAUGCAGCUGCAGGACAACCGCCUGGCCCGGCAGCUCAUCCGCCUCCGCACGGAGAUCCACCGGCUGAAGGUGGAGCAGGUCUGCCACCGCCACAAGGAGAUGCUGGACAAGGCAACGUACGAGCUGGAGGAGUGCGGCGAGGAGUCCGACCUUCUCUGCGACAUCCCCAUGAAGGCCGCCUUCGCUCUCUCCACCCCGCUCAAGCACCUGGGACUGACCAAGAUGAACAUCAACUCACGGCGCUUCUCGCUGUGCUAAGGUUUCAACACCACCACCAACACCUCCACCAUUUGACCUCCAAAGAUCUCCAUUUGAGAGGAUCCUCUCUCCUGUAGGAACACGGGCUGCUUUUGGUGGACGUGUUUAUAUUCCACUGUGUUUGUGUGUCAUGGUGAGAUUGGAAGAACAUGCGGAAUUCAUAAGGUGUGUGCUUGGACAUGCUUGGAGUAGGCAAAGUCUAGCUAGACACACCCUUAGCCAUGGCUUUUAAUGAAAUGCACUGAUUGUGUGUUCAGUACAAUUCGAUUACAUUGUGAAAGCACUUAGCCAUGAUGAAGUGAUAACGUUCAGACUUAGAGCAUAGAGUUACAUUUUACAUUGAAAUGACAAAACAGCAAAGUUAUUUAUAAAAAAAAAACACUUUUACAUGUUCACCCAGGCAUGCAUUUUCUCCACACGCCAGCACGUUGACCAAUGUUCUCAGGGUAACUUCAUGGCUUCAUCAUGAAUGUGGGGUUAUUUUGUCUGACAAGUAGCCUAAGAUAACGCGAAAAAGCCACAGUCCACUGGCCCUUAUCGAGGCGACACCGUCCACAGAUACCGUCCAUAUUUAGUUGAGAAUCUGUGAGUUUGGGAUCAUUUCCAAACAGGAUGCUAGGGAUCACGCCACCAUAACAGGUCACCGUAGCGAUAUAGCCCCACGAAAGGUCGCGCCCUACGGUUUAGAUUUCCAUGACGCCGUCCAGAUGUUGAUGCGAGCCCAGAUCUCACAUCCAUUGCGGUGUCGUUAAUGAGUAGCCUUUCAUACAAAAAGCCUUGAUGCAUAUUAUUUUUAUCCUCUAGAUGUAGGCUAUAUAAAUACAUUUAUUAAAAGAUAUUAGAGGAGAGUUAUGGUUUUUAGAGUUAGAUGCCAAAAUAGAAUCAUUCAUCAAUUCGUAAAAAUAAAACAUUUCAAGAGCGCCAAGAAUUUUUUUAAUUUCUUAGUGGCUCCUCUCUAGACCUUUUAAAGUUCAAACACUGUUGACAUGCCAUGACUAGUGAGUGCUCUUGUUCUCCAACGUGUUCUCACUUCAAAACAGACAUGCAUACACCGCAAAUGCUGCUGCACAUUUGGGCUCGCAUCUCAAGGAAAUCAAAGAUGUUUAACCCCUUUUGGACCUGAACUUAAUUAAUUAAACUCAAGACGUUUCCUUUAAAACAGCGGUAACACUGUUAAUUGAUGUACUUGUAUUUGCAUUUUUCUGUCAUAUUUUAAAAUCCCACUACGGGCCAUAUGCACGCUAUAUUUUUUUGUAUUAACUGAAAAUGUAGAUAUAAACUGCUUAUUAUUAAAAACUUGAACAUAAUAUGGGCCUUUGGUCUCUGUUAUUAUCUAGGUUAACCAGCUUGAUUAUACUC